UUCUCCAUAAAUUGAAACUAAGGAGAACAAUUCUGAAGAUUGAGUGGCUAAAAGCUGGUAGCUGUUAAAUAGUGAAAAAUGAAGCAAAACAUAUAAUGGAAUAAACAUAAUGAAAGCUUUCAGAACAUUAAAGAACAUAUGUAUUUUGUAUAUACCUUCAUCUUAUUAAUAUUUGUGCUGUGUUUUCAAAUCAUUCCAUAAACUGGAGAUAAUGCAGGACUAUUACAGUUGUAGUCCUCAACUGAAAAGAUCCUAAGCAUCAACUAAUGGUGUGGAAAACUACAUGUAAACGUGGGAUGGGGACAUAUUGAAUUAUUCAUAAUUAAUUCCACUCAAGUUAUGACCAGGGAUGGAAGUAUCUGUCAGCUUAAUUUCUUCCUGUGUAAGUAUAUUCCCCAUCAAUCUGUGCAGCCAAGUUUAUAUUGUAUUACCUUAGUCCAAAACAAAUUUCUGGAAACAGAAUACUGUAUCAGAUGUUUAUGAUACUAUUUUUAAAAACUUCAACAUUUCCCCUGUGGUCAAUUAAAUAUAAGUGCUCUUAAAAUAUUCUUCAGUCAUUAUACUUAAAUAAGAAGCUCCGGGCUUAAACCAAACAGAUGUUCAUUUUCAACAUUAUGGAUCCUUAAGGAUAACAGAUAAGAUUCAACAAGUUUGUGUUUAAGGAACAUAACUGAAGAGUCAAAUUGAAGAGUAAUUGAAAAUGGACUUCAAAUUUUUUCAGUUUUCCACUCUUUUGGAUUUCUGAAUUACAGAAUGUACCGUAAUAAUGAAGAAAAUAGAAUGGAGAAAUGAGACUAUUAUUACGGAAUUCAUCCUUCAUGGCUUUGGAGAUCUGAAAGAGAUACACAAUCUUCUGUUCAUACUGUUUCUAAUAAUCUAUAUCAUGACUAUGGCUGGGAAUCUUCUCAUUAUAGCCCUAAUUGUGACUGACCAGCAUCUCCACACCCCAAUGUACUUUUUCCUAGGCAACUUGUCUUGCUUAGAGACCUGCUACAGCUCAACCAUUCUUCCCAGAAUAUUAGUCAGCCUACUGAAUGAAAACUACACUGUAUCUGUGAAUGGCUGCAUUCUGCAGUUAUGGGCUUUUGUUUUUUUAGCUGUUACAGAAUGCUAUCUCCUUGCUGCAAUGUCUUAUGAUCGUUACUUAGCAAUAUGUAGACCCCUGCAUUAUUCCACACUUAUGAAUUUCAAAAUAUGUCUCCAAUUAGUGGUUGGAUCCUGGACUGGUAGUUUUGUGAUAGACACAAUAUUGUUAACAUUUAUAUUGAAGUUAAGCUUCUGUGGCCACAAUUUGAUAGAACACUUCUUCUGUGAUUUCAUUCCAAUGAUGAAUCUAGCUUGCAGUGAUGCAAGUCAGGUCAAACUUGUGUCAGCUAUCCUAACAUCUAUCUCUACCCUACCACCAUUCUUUUUAACCAUAAUAUCAUAUGCUUAUAUCAUUGCUGCCAUCCUUGGAAUUCCUUCCAUCAUUGGGAGGCAAAAGGCCUUUUCUAUCUGCUCUUCUCACCUCAUUGUAGUGACUAUCUUCUAUGGCAGUCUCACAAUUGUCUAUCUUUUGCAAGACAGUAAUGAACUGAGAGAAUUGAACAAAGUCUUCUCUGUCUUUUACACAAUUUUAACACCACUGUUCAAUCCCCUUAUAUAUAGCCUGAGGAACAAAGAGGUGAGGGGAGCUCUGGGAAGGACAAUUAGCAAAUAUACAACCUGCAUACAAGUUCACUGAAUUCUUAUUUUCAUUUAAAGAGAGAGAAAUUAUUCUCAUUAUAUCAUUAAAACCCUUUCAUUUUAUUAAUUCAGCAGUAUAUUUCCUGUGAUUUGGGUUCUGUAGAUAAGUUGUUAUACUGGUUGAAUAAGAAAAAAAUGUAGAAAAACUAUUGACUUCUGUAUAAGACUAUUUGGGGAGAAUAGGACGCUGCAAAUCACCCCUCCUUGCACUAACUGUUUUUAAAUAGUACUGUAAGUGGAGAUUCUGUAAUUAUCAUUUAUAAGUAUUAAUCUUGUGCCUUAAAUUUGGAAUAAGUUACCAGGGAGCUCAGAUAAGA